AUUGACCUGCUCUACUGGAGGAAUGUGAAGCAGUCUGGAGCUGUGUUCGGCAGCGUGCUCCUGCUGCUCUUCUCUCUGACCCAGUUCAGUGUGGUCAGUGUGGGAGCCUACUUAGCCCUGGCUGCCCUCUCUGCCAGCAUCAGCUUCAGGAUCUACAAGUCUGUGCUUCAGGCUGUGCAGAAGACCGAUGAAGGGCACCCAUUCAAGUGAGUGAGGGAGGAUAGAGGAUCUGUGUUUACUCAGCACAUUAAAUAAUCUGACAUUUAAACAUUCACUCAUCUUUUUUGCAAUGCCACUUUAGCCUGGACACUAAUAGUCUGUUGUACUUCUUACCUACAGAUCUUAUCUGGAGGUGGAGAUCUCUCUGUCCCAGGAUCAGAUCGGUAAAUAUGCUGACAAGGCUCUGCUCUACGCCAACACCUGUAUGAAGGAGCUCCGUAGGCUGUUCCUGGUCCAGGACCUCAUCGACUCACUGAAGGUCAGCCUCUCUCUCACCUCUGGGCUUAAAAUAAUGACAUGGUCUCCCAAAUGGCGCAGCGGUCUAAGGUACUUGAGGCGUCACUACAGACCCGGGUUCGAUCCCAGGCAGUGUCAUAACUGGCCGUGACCGGGAGUCCCAUAGGGCGGCGCACAAUUGGCCCAGCGCCGUCCGGGUUAUGGGAGGGUUUGGCCAGAGGGGUUAAAAUAAUAAAUAAUAAUAAUGACAUGGUGGACACAACCACCUUACCAACACUACUCUUUAAUGUAUGUAAUCUCAGUACUAUUCCUGCUGUCAAACAUCAAAUGGACACGUUACACUUAAAACAUUAAUACUUUUAUCACGACAUACCUUCAGUCAAACGUCAUAUACACAUACCAUACAUUGUUGGGGUGUGUUUGUUUAAACAGUGCCAAGAGUUACAUGUUUUUACCCUGUGUUGCAGUUUGCUGUACUGAUGUGGCUGCUGACCUAUGUGGGCGCUCUCUUCAAUGGCCUGACUCUGCUUAUUCUGGGUGAGGAUUCUUCUCCGACUGGCUACUGUAGCUGUUAUACUCAGCUCUGCACCUCUCUACUGCACACCAUGUUCAGCCUGACAUACAGCUCAUAUUUUAUCUCAGCUGUCUAACAUUUUAUAAAAUGUAAUAUAAUGAAUCAUAUUGAAACCUCUCUCCAUCUACACCAUCACGGAGCCAGUCUGUGAGUUUGUACUAUAAUCAGGGGAGUGGGCUGUAAUAAGCAAGCAUCACAGUACCCCAUUGUCAGUCAAUGAUUAACCCAAAGUACCCCAUUGUCAGUCAAUGAUUAACCCAAAGUACCCCAUUGUCAGUCAAUGAUUAACCCAAAGUACCCCAUUGUCAGUCAAUGAUUAACCCAAAGUACCCCAUUGUCAGUCAAUGAUUAACCCAACACAGAGAGAACAUACGCUGUGGAGCAGGGCAACAUGUCCCACAUGACAUGACAAGAUCAACUCAGACAGCCUGAUGGUUGCCUCAUCACAACAUAUGGUUCUUCAUGGAACCAGAGACAGUUUUACUGAAAUCUGUAUCAAUUCUGUAUCACAGUGGAUUAUUGAGUGUUCUGUCCUUUUGAGCAAAAACGAUUGAUUUCCUACAUUAGGAUUAGUCGCAUCCUAAAAAGAUCCAUAUGAUGAACUUCCAGAGGUCAAUUCAUGAAGGGCCUUGUUCAAAGGAUUCAUUCACACCUGAAGACAUAACGGAUCUCAUAUAUUUGUUAUGUUUCUAUUUACCUACUGUAGAUAUGUCUCUGAGCUGGGGUGGGGCUCUGUUGACACAAUGUGUACAUGAGUAUAUUCCAAGGGGGACACUCCAGGUCAAACUGCUUUAACAUGCGCUCACUCUCUUCCCCUACAGCCGUGGUGUCCAUGUUCAGCAUGCCCAUUGUCUAUGAGAAACAC